AUGUUGCAUGAGGUUCGAUUCUCGCAGACGCUCGCAGCGCUCCCAAGAAAUUCAGGCCCUGGAGUUUUCACGUCGAUCCUGGCCAAGCUUGCGCGGGAGCGACGCUGGUGGGAUGUUGACGCGGUGUUUGCAGAAAUGUCCAAACGAAGCAUCAAACCAAACCGCAUCCACCUCAACGCUGCCAUCAAUGUCUUUGCCAAAGCUCGGCGGCCGCAGAAAGCCGAAGAAUGGCUGAUUUGGAUGCAGGAUAAUGAUGUGAGACCAAAUGAGGUCAGCUACAACAGCGUCAUCAACGCUUGUGCGCAGACAGGUUAUGUUGAGCGAGCCGAAAUGUGGCUUGGAAGGAUGCUGGAAGCUGGCAUUCAGGCGAAUGAGGUCAGCUACAACAGUGUCAUAAACGCCUGUGCGCAGAAAGGCCGUGUCUCUCGUGCUGAAGUUUGGCUCGAGAAGAUGCUUGCGGCCGGAGUAAAAACUGAUGCCUUCAGCUACAAUAGCGUCAUCAACGCUUGCGCUCAGCGGCGUGACAUCGAGAGAGCUGAAACCUGGUUGGAGAAAAUGCUCAGCGAGGGCAUCCAGGCAGAUGAAGUUAGCUACAGCAGCGUCAUCAAGGCCUGCGUGCAAAAGGGUGAGCUGGACCUUGCCGGAUAUUGGCUGGAAAGAAUGGCAGCUGCAGGGUUGCAGGCGAACGAGGUCACCUACAACACGGUAGCAGGAGCCUGCCUUGCUGCGGGAGACAAAGAGCGCCUCGAGAGAUGGCGCAAGUUGAUGCGAUUGGAGGAGCCAGCUGUUCUGCGUAGUCCGCCCCUGCAGAAGCCUUCGCGGCCCUCUGCCUGCACCACUCGCAACCUUGAUGAGGUCGACAAGGAUCCAUGCCUUGGCAGCUUUGGUAUAUGCAUGUAUAUGCUACCCGGCUAUAUAUACACAUAUUUUUGUGGGGGGCCGCUGGUACUGGUUAUGUACGAAUAUAAUCGUACUAUAAUUGGGAAUAUAGGCGGACCGUAUACAGUACAGGGUGGGGGCUGUAUCCAGUCUAGACCCUACACCCUGAACGCUGAUGGUUAA